AUCAUGCUUGGCUGGUUUGCAAGAUUUGACCCGUUUGUCUUGUGGAUCAAUGCAAAUGGUGUAAACUGCGGUGCUGGUCUUGGUCAGCUGAAUAAUGGCAUUUGCUCAUCUCAAGUGGAGGCAGCCAACAAACAUCCCUCGUUGUGUGAUCCAAUUGAAUACUCGCAACAAUAGGAAUGCUUGUCCUAAUAGCAGCAGUCUAUAUGAUGGCUUCAAGAUAUAUAAGUAGGCUGGGACCCCCUUGAAAUGUAUCCUACAAUCCGCCACCCACUCCUCCAUCAACUUCAUCAAUUGUUAGACGAUCAAGACCACAAUGCCCUCCUACCUCAUCACGGGUGCUUCUCGUGGACUCGGAUUUGAGUUCAUCCGCCAGCUGUCUGCUGACCCUGCCAACGUCGUCAUUGGCCUUGUGCGCAACAAGGCUGCGACGGAGGAGAAGAUUGCCAAAGAGAUCGGCAGGAAAGUCUACGUUGUCGAGGGCGAGCUUACAAACUAUGAUUCGCUCAAGAAAGCCGCCGAAGAAGUUUCGAAGCUCACCAGCAGCCUGGACUAUCUAGUUGCAAACGCAGCUGUCAUUUCGGACUGGGGUGCCUAUGAGGGAAUUGGCGAUCUCGGUGCCAAAGACUCUGCCAGACUCGAAGCCGAGCUCAUGAGCUCCUUCCACACGAACGUUGUCGGAAACGUCCACCUGUUCAACCUAUUCCUCCCCUUGAUCCAGGAAGGCCAGGCUAAGAAGGUUAUUACCAUCACAUCCGGCAUGGCCGAUAUCGAUUUCAUCGCCAACUUCAACAUCGCCUCCGGAGCCCCGUACAGCAUCAGCAAGGCGGCGAUGAAUGCAGCCGUUGCCAAGUUCAGCGCGCAGUACCGGAAGGAUGGCAUUCUGUUCCUCGGGCUCUCUCCUGGUCUUGUCAACACCAGUGAGAACACUAAUCCGACACCGGAACAAAUCGAGGGGCUGAAACAAAUGAUUCAGCAAUUUGCUACCUACGCGCCGGGCUUUACUGGGCCCAUCACCCCCAAGGAAUCUGUCGAACACUUGCUGGAUGUCAUCUACAGGGCGGACAUCAACAAGGGCUAUGCUGGAGCUUUCCUAUCUCACUACGGAAACAAGCAGUGGCUCUAAGCAAGGAAGGUUAGGGAUUACUGUGGGGCAUUCGGGGUGUUGUGGGAUCUGUUAUUAUCGAGUUUUAGCGUGACUUCUGUCGAAAGUCAAUACAAUUUCCAAUCAAAUCCUCUACAUCUCGUUUUCGAGUUCAUCCUCAACUGCAAGCUAAUAAAAUCAAAACCAAUUCCUCUAAUCGCAGCAACAAGUACGGUAUCGUGU